CGUGACAAUCGACAUUGCUGCAUAAUAAAUCGAGGGAAAAAAUGGCGAACCUGUGUUAAUCAUUGGAUCGAAAUGGACGAUCGACUCCGUUGUCGACGAUUCUUUAAAAACAUUUUGUAAUUUUAAAUUCCGUUUAAGAGACAUGGAGUCUCCUGGUGGUGGUCUUUUAUCCAUGGAGGAUUUGCACGCCGAAGUGGAAAGGUUAACUAAAGAAUUAACAGAAACUACAAGGGAAAAAUUACAAGCAGCAGAGUAUGGUCUCGCCGUCUUGGAAGAAAAGCAACAAUUACAGCAACAGUUUGAAGACCUAGAGGCCCAACUUGAGACAACACGAACAGAACUUGAAUGCGCCAAAGAGGCUCUAAAUAAACAUCACAGCACCUUCAAAAAGCACCAUGAGAGUGGAGUGCACCAGGAGGAGAAAUUCUUGGAAGAGACUGCUCAGCGAGAGGAGAAUUAUCAGUAUUCCAUCACAGAGCUUGAACAGGAUCUCAAGACAACUAGACAAAACUUGACAAGAAUAACAAGUGAGAAUGAGAGACUUUCUGGGGAGCUAGCUGAGUUAAAUCAUCAGAUCGAACUUCUAGAAAACCAAAGACAACAAAUGCGGCAUGACUUAAGAGAAUAUAAAGUGCGUGAAAAUAGAAAUUUAACAGACUAUGCAGAGCUUGAGGAGGAAAAUAUAUCUCUGCAAAAGCAGGUAUCUCAGCUAAAACAGAACCAGGUGGAGUUUGAGUCCAGCAAACAUGAGACUCUAAGACUUCAAGGAGAGUUGGAAGACCUUGUCAUGCAGCUAGAUGAAAUGGCUGGACUAAAGAGCAUUGUGGAGAAGAAGCUUGAGGAGGCUCUUGCUUCCCUUGCCCAGGAAAGAGAGCAGAAGCACGGCUUGAAGAAAGAGUUGGACCACCGGAUCACUCAAGAGUCAAUGUUUAACUUGAGCAACUUGGCUCAUUUUGGAGGUCUAAGUGAGGUGUUGAACUUCAAUCAUCAUACAGAUCACGAAGAAGACAUGGAUGGUAGUGUUCACCCAGCAUUAAAGAGAAUAGAAGCUGAUUUUUCAUUCCCUGGCAAGAAAAGCUCAGAUGCACCAACUCCAAGACCUGGUACAGUUGGAGAUAUUUUAAGUGAAAUUCAGAUUACUGAAGUCGGUAAACUAGAAAAUCUCUUGGAACAGUCUGAAUCAGAAAAAAUGGAACUUCAAAAAGCUCUUGAUGAAGCCAAGAAGCUCAUUGAAGACACUCAAAGAGACCUUAUUGAACAAAAAGAUAGAGCUGAUCACCUCAAAGCAACCAUUGCUCAUGUUGCAGCAAUGCACGAGAGACAGAUGCUUCCAAAUGAUCUGCAGGUCUCUUAUGAUGAAGGACUGCUGGCUGAAAUAGCUGAUGAAACUGAUCCAGACAGGAAGGCCUUGCUGGAGUUGAAACAAAACUUACAACAAAAUGAAAAGAAAUACACAACAGCAAUGAGAGAAAUAGGAAACCUCCAGGCUGAAAUUGGUCGAUUACAGGGAAGAAAUGCAAUAGUUGGAAAUCCUGAUAUUGAGCAGGCUCUUGCAGAGUUAAAAUACAAAUGUGAUUUGUAUGAGCAAACCAUCAAAGACCAAGAGUGUAAUCUCAAAGCGGCCACUCAGGCAGCAGCUGUCUCAAAGAACAGCUUAGAGGGCCUUCAAGGAGAGUUGACAUGCAUCACAGAAGACCUAGCCCAGGUCUAUCACUUAGUGUGUCAGGUGACUGGGGACACACCAUCUCGUGUCAUGUUAGACCAUGCCAAAGGGGCCAAGAUAAGAGGAGAACUGGGCUCCAGCGAGGAUAUAACCCCUUCAUCUGAGAACAAGUCAGUGGUUGAUACUGAAAAGGAAAAUGAGACGCUUCCCUCCCAGCCAUUGUCUGCUUCCACACCAAAGUCUAGUGAGAAAAAAUCUGGUAAAAAAUUUAGAUCUAAUCAGUCGCCCAGUAAGUCUGAUCCAACAUCUUGUGGAACACUUUCAGAAACAAUAGUUGACCAGGUGAAAUAUCUACGCCAUGCCAUUGAACAUCUAAUGGAGAUGUCCAAACAGUGGCAGCAACAGGGUAAUGUGGGGGGUGAUGAAAAUGGGGAGGAUGACAGGAAUGAACUGCAAGAGCAGGUGGUGAAAUUGAAGGCCAUGUUAUCCACAAAGAGAGAACAAAUUGCAACACUGCGCUCUGUCCUUAAAGCCAACAAAUCCACUGCUGAGGUGGCACUGGCUAAUCUGAAGCAGAAGUAUGAGAAUGAGAAAGUUAUCGUGACAGAAACAAUGAUGAAACUAAGAAAUGAACUGAAAUCUCUAAAAGAGGACGCAGCCACAUUUGCUUCUCUGCGUGCCAUGUUUGCACAGCGAUGUGAUGAAUAUGUCACACAGCUUGAUGAAAUGCAGCGCCAGCUGUCUGCUGCAGAGGAAGAAAAGAAAACUCUCAAUUCAUUAUUACGUAUGGCCAUCCAGCAAAAACUGGCCUUGACACAAAGGCUGGAAGACCUUGAAUUUGACAGGGAGAGGCGAACAAUGACCACAAGGCGGCAGGGUCCACCUAGAAAUAACAAAAUGGGCAAUUCCAAGUACGCAUCAGCCUCAUCUCAGCACCAGCAACAGGAUGAACAGUCAGGCAGCCAUUACAGGCGCCCUUAUCAUAACUUUCGAAGAGAUUAUUAGUAUAGGGGUCAGUGUUUCCUGUGGUAGGAGGGAGUUGAUGUCUUGUAGUCCAGUCAGUUGCAGUAGUCAGCCAAUGACCACUAGCAUCACAGAGGAUCGUAUGUAAUGAUUCAGCAUAACCAAGAAAUCAACACAUCAGAUGACCAUAUGUUUCAAAAUUCAAACUCUCCCUCAACAUCUCAUUGCUGUAGUUCAAACGUUUCUUAUCUUGAAGACUUCCAUUGUGAAUGCUGUCCCCUCAUAAUGUGCAUUCCACAAAGUUAUCAAAUGAAAUACAUAAAAAACAAAGCACCAGUCUGCUUUAAAAGCAGAGUUGAUUCCAGAACUCUUGGAUGUUUCUGAAAUGUGUGUGUUUGCUAGUCUCUAGACUAGAACAGAUGAUUUCAUGUGAUAGUAUAUGCCAAGGUUAAGCCCUUGUUAAUGAGAUUAUAUAGACUGGAGUGUCUAUGUCACUCAGUGUACAGAUGUGGGAAAGAAUGUUCAGAAUAUCUCAGGAACUAAAGACUUUUUUUUCCCUUUAAACUUUCUUAUCUGUAGUGUUACAUAUUAUAAGACUAGAUAUCUAUUAAUGGUUAAAACUUUAUAUACUCACUUAGUAGCACCUUUGUAUUACAACUUUUGUUUGUCAUUAAGGUAUUAAUAUAAUUAGGGUUAUUGUGUACAAUACCAAUAUAAUUUGACACUUUAAUCAGCCCUUAGCAAAAUAAUAAUUUUCAAAAGCGCAGGUUCUUUUCUGUUGUGUUCUUUACAGCUAACUUUGGUUUAUAAUGUCAUUCACCAGGUUUUGCAGCCAGCUUUUGUUUUAAAGUAAAAUUAAAUCAAGGAUUUUAUUGACAAUAUGUGAUAUCUGUGGUUUAAAAGUUAGGUACUGAAUUUCAGUUGCUAAGCUAAUCAUUCAGUCAGUGGAUCUGUACAUAUUGUGUGUCAUUUUAUUCUAGGUUUUUUUUUGUUGUUUUUUUUUAAUGAUUUAAGAACUGUUCUUUCACAGAUACUCCAUUUAAUAUCUAUAAAUAUAUUAUAUUUAUUUUAAUCAUUUUAAUAUAUAAAGUUUUAUUUUAUGGAGUGUUUAUUUUGUAUUACAAUCAACGCAAUCUCAGUAGUGGUUCAAGAGGUAUGCUUAUUUCCUUUAUAAUAAUCAAGUUUACACUUUAAACUUCUUUACAUAUAUGUUUAAAACUUAGGUUAAAGUAUAAAAGCAUUUACUUACUAAGGGAGCAUGUGCAAUGUUUAAAACAAGUGUCAAAAUGCACUAGAUCUAGGUUUUUUUAUAAUGCUCUCAUUAGUUUUUAUUGUUUUUUUGUUGUUUUUUUUAAUUAAUCAAGCAUUUCAUUGUUUUCCACAUUGGAAAGAAAAUUGUUAGAAUCAUUUAAUGUUUGCUGCUUUACUUGUAUAUACAUAGAUUUUAUAUAUAAAACAAAUAUUAAACCAUUUUACGUUGUCUUGUUUUAUGCUAAUGAUCGGAGUAGAGAGCAAUAGUUCAUUUCAUCCCACACUUCGCUGAUAUGUAUCCAACAAUCUCUUUGCUUGCAUUGGCAACACUGGAAUACAUUGUUAGUCUUUCAUAUAUUUAUCUAUGGCAUAAUUAUGUUUUUGUGUGUCGCUUCAUAAAUAAUGGUUUUAGUUAAUAUUGUCUACAACAUUUGAGUUGAAACAAGUCAGUGUGGAAAGAAAAAAAGAUAAGGGGAAAAAAAAACAGAAUUAUUUGUGUUUUCUUCUGGCUAGUUAAUGCUUUUUAUACACAUUUUUUUCUGCUAAAUUAAAUGGUACAUUAUUC